AUGGCCUCCGAGAUCCACGCGCCAGGCCCGAUAUGCCUCAUUGAAAACACUAGAGGGCAGCUGGUGAUUAAUGCAGCAGCUCUGAAGACCCUGUCCGCCAUUACAGAGCCUCUUGUCGUGGUGGCCAUUGUGGGUCUCUACCGCACAGGCAAAUCCUACCUGAUGAACAGGCUGGCGGGGAAGAACAAGGGCUUCUCUGUUGGAUCCACAGUACAGUCUCACACCAAGGGAAUCUGGAUGUGGUGUGUGCCUCACCCUGAGAAGCCAAACCACACCUUAGUUCUGCUUGACACUGAGGGACUCGGAGAUGUAGAGAAGGGUGACAACAACAACGAUGCCCAGAUCUUUGCACUGGCAAUACUACUGAGCAGUACCUUUGUAUACAACACCAUGAACAAAAUUGACCAGAGGGCUAUCGAUCUACUAUAUUAUGUAACAGAACUGUCACAUCUGCUCAGGGCAGAAUCCUCACCUAAUCUUGACCGGGUUGAAGAUACAGCUGACUUUGUGAGCUGCUGUCCAGACUUAGUGUGGACCUUGAGAGAUUUCUAUCUAUCCCUAGAAGCAGAUGGGCAACUCAUCACAGCAGAUGACUACCUGGAGACUUCACUAAGGCCAAAGCAAGACACCGAUGAAAGUCUUCAAAAUUUCAAUUUGCCUCGUCUUUGUAUACAGAAAUUCUUUCCAGUAAAGAAAUGCUUUAUCUUUGACUCGCCCACUCACCGGAAGAAGCUUGCCCAGCUUGAGACACUGAAUAAUAAUGAACUGGAUCCUGAUUUUGUGCAACAAGUAGCAGAUUUCUGUUACUACAUCUUUCAUUCUUCCAAGACUAAAACUCUUUCAGGAGGCAUCAAAGUCAAUGGACCUCAUCUAAAGAGCUUAGUGCUGACCUAUGUCGAUGCCAUCAGCCGUGGGGAUCUGCCCUGCAUGGAGAACUCAGUUCUGGCCUUGGCACAGACCAAGAACUCGGCCGCAGUGAAAAAGGCCAUUGCUCACUAUGACCAGCAGAUGGGCCAGAAGCUGCAGCUGCCCACUGACACCCUCCAGGAGCUUCUGGACCUGCACAGGGCCAGUGAGAAAGGGGCCAUCGAAGUCUUCAUGAAGAAUUCCUUCAAGGAUGUGGACCAAAAGUUCCAGAGGGAAUUACAGACCCUGCUAGAAACAAAACAGGAUGACCUUUGUAAACAGAACUUGGAGGCAUCAUCAGAUCGUUGCUCAGCUUUACUUCGGGAUAUUUUUGGUCCUCUAGAAGAAGAUGUGAAGCAAGGGAUUUAUUCAAAGCCAGGAGGGCAUCAUCAAUUCAUUCAGAAGACAGAAGAGCUGAAGGCAAAGUACUAUCAGGAGCCCAGGAAAGGAAUACAGGCUGAAGAAGCUCUGCGAAAAUAUUUACAGUCCAAGGAGUCUGUGAGUGAUACCAUUCUACAGACAGACCUGGUUCUCACAAAGAGGGAAAAGGAGAUGGAAGAAGCACGUAAGAAAGCAGAGGCUGCAAAGGCUAAAGCACAAAUGUUGAAGAACAUUCAAAGGCAGAACCAGCUAAUGAUGGAGAAGAGGGAGAGACUCCAUCAGGAGCAAGUGAGACAAAUGGAGGUGAACAGAGCAAACUAUCUGGCACAGCAACAGAGGGACAUGGAACGUCGCCUCCAGGAAGAGGCUGCAAAGCAGGAGGAAAGAAUCCAAGCUGAAAGGAGAAGACUCCAGCAGCUGAGGAAUGCAGCCCCACCAGAGGAUACAUGCAUCUUACUCUAAAGCUAAACAUCAGAACUUCCUUUUUGUGUUCACUUUCACUGAAGACAAAAGGAACACGCAACUAUAGAACUUGGGACAACUAUCAUUUAAAAAGCUAUAUAGUAAUUAUAUUGAAAUUUUGUAUGUAGUUAUAAAGUUAUGAUGCUCCUAAUUGGUAAAAUGUGCACUUUGAUAGUUUAAAUGAUGAUUAGUUCCUUAAAAAGAUAUGAAUCGUAUAAUAAGGGACAUUUGAUCCCAGCCUUUAUUUGGUAGAGAUAUUGAGCUGGCUCUCUCAGGGUAAUUUUCUCUUGUACCUCAAUGUCACGCCUCUAAUGUUCCAUAUUUGUCUAAAGGGGGAUAGAAAGUGACAUAAGGGGUGUGAUUCACAAUGGGCUAAGUCAAGUGGGAUUUGACCAAAGUUUCGAGCUCAGGUGGGCAUCACUCCUGCCAAGUGCUCAUGUGCUGCUUGCCACCAGCGGGAGUCACCAAUGCAAAGACAACUAACCUAGCUUCUCAGUGGAGACAAUGUACGGUUCUCAACUGGGUGGAGGUUGCUCAGUCUGUGGGCAGUGGUGUGAUCCUGGCCAUGGCAGUAGAGUGUUUGCUUAGAGAGAUUCCAAACUGUAAGUAAAUAACACUAUAACAAAAUAGAGGUGCUCCAAAAGAUGGAAGGAACAACCAGCAUGGAAAUUCUGUCAUAGGCUGAAAGGCGAAAGAAGCCUUUUCCUUUUUGUAACCCUCACCAAGGGCAUAACUUAAAUAGAAUAUUUUAUAUCAUGAAGCAAUUUAUAUUGGAUUUAAUAAUUGUGUAUUGUGUCUUUAUAACCCCUUAGCCUGUACAUAAAUACUAUAAGGAAUGCUAGAUUGUGUGCCCAAAAAUCUGAUGGGGCUCAUUUCAUUUUAUGUUUGCAUAUAGUGCUGAAGUUAAAUGAUCUCAAUUCUUUGCAAGCAUCUAUGAAAGCCUACGGAUGUUUCUUAAAAGCUAUGAAUUGUAUAACUAUAUGUUUGUACAUAUUUUUAACCGUAAAAAAAUGUUAAAGUAACUCUACUACUUUGUUUUUCUUUUC